UAUGGCGGUUGGAAGAUGUCAAAAUUAUUGUGUGUUUGGCAUUUUAGGUCUUUUAGGUGACAGAAGAAGUGAGGUCUAUGGUUAUGUGCAUGUAUUCUGAAAUUAUUGGAAGCACUUCACCAAUUAAGUCGUGAAAAUAACAACUUGGCUUCUCUAAUAUGAAAUUAUUAAGUUAUGGAGUAUUUUCUGCAUGUUUUUAAGGUUAGAUCGUUAAUAACAAGAGAAUGCUGCCCGGGAUUGGAGUAUUUGGAACUGGGAAUGUUGUAAAAGUUAUAGUACCUUUUCUGAGGGAGAAGGGUUUCAAAGUUGAAGCAAUAUGGGGUAGAACUUUAAAUGCCGUUGAAGAGGUAGCAAAGGAACUUGAAAUUCCAUUUCACACAAACAAAAUCGAUGACGUUUUACUAAGGAAAGAUGUGGAUCUUAUAUUUAUUAUCUGUUCGCCCAAUCUGCAUGCCCAGAUUGCAGUUAAAGCAUUAGGAAUUGGUAAGCAUGUCCUGUGUGACAAACCGGCUGGCCUGUGUCAAGGAGAGGCUCUCAAGAUGGUCCGAGCAUCUCAGUAUUACCCAUCUUUGAUCUCCAUUAUAAACCAUAGUUUGAGAUUUCUUCCUGCCUUUGGGCAGAUGCGCAGAGCCAUUGUGGAUGGUUAUCUCGGACAAGAAGGAGAGAUAACAGUUUGUGAUGUGCGUGUGCAAAUGGGAAGCUUACUCCAUGAUGCUUAUGACUGGCUGUGUGAUGACACCAUGGGUGGAGGUGUUCUUACUCUGGUGGGGAGCCAUGUGAUAGACUUGGUGUCACAUUUAACAUCUCAGCGAGCAGUGAGAGUUCAUGGUGUCAUAAGAACUUUUACCAAGACUACAGACUACGUAAAUGGGAUACGGCACAUUUCAAGCCCCGAUUUCUGCGCAUUUCAAAUGGAAAUGAGUGGUGGAGCUCUUGUCACUGCUACCUUAAACAACCACCUCCCAGCCUCAUUCAGUCAAGAGGUGCUCAUAUGUGGGCAGGCGGGGCAUCUAAUGGUUCGUGGAGGAGACCUCUAUGGUCGUAAGUCCGGUUCUACAAAAGAAGAUGUAAUCUACCUUGAUGUUGAAGAUCUGCAACGUGGUGGGGCAAUCAACUCUACUGCUGCCAAUGCCAUUCCACGUCCUUACAUGAAGGGGUUGUUUAAGAUGAUUGGGGCAUUGAGGGAGGCAUUCCUUCCAGUUGAGGAUAAACGUGGUUGGGUGAAAGAGCCUGUUGCCCUAGCUGCAACCUUUGAAGAUGGUCUUUAUGUUCAGGCAGUGAUCGAUGCUCUGAAAAAAUCAAAUGCCAACAGAGAGUGGGUCAAGGUGAAUGUCAUUACAGAGGAGCCAGAUCCUGACCCUUUGCUGAGUGCUGCUGUCCGUCGCAGUACCAUUUCCAUGUGAUGUCUGGACUGGCUGCCAUAAGGGGCAGUCAUUAACAUUCCACAGACUGACUAACAUCAUCAUUACUUAUUUUAUGUUUGUUUCUUUGCCAUUUUAUUGUAGUAGUAGUUACUAAAACAGAAUGGUUGUGUCUGAAAAAAGUAGCUCAAACUUAACUGUUCUCUAACAUAAAGAGUGUGUUUUUUUGAGCCCAUUUUGAGGACAAGGUUGUGUUAACUGAGUAUCUGAUAGUGCUUCAGAAUGUAUUGAAGACAGCUUGCACUGCAAUUUAUGGCACUAACAAGAUAAAAAUAUGAAGGUCAAUUUGAAGGGUUCUUGUACAUGAAGACUUGAUCAGAACGUACCUUUUUAGAUUUUUAUAUAUGUAUCUUUACGGAGGAGAGGGGUUGUCAUUCAAAUACUUUAUCGAAGUAUGUCGCACCAAAUUUGUUUUUUGUACCUUUAUGUGGGCAGGGUCAUCAUCACUUGAAAAACCUCACUGAUUCUACUUCUUAGAUACUGUUCCAAAUCAUUGCAUAAGUUCAGCUCACUAUUUUUUGAACCAUUUGGCAUGUAUCAUUCAGCUGUCACUUGAUAUUUCAUUACACAUGGCCAUUAGUGUGAAUGUUUCAUGAACGUUAGUAACUGUGAACUUUAUUUUUGGCAAGAAGUGUACCAGAACCGCUUUAGAAACUUAGCCUUGCUAUUUAUUAUCCAUUAUUGCAUAUGCAUUUCAUAAGUGCAUUGUGAAAUAAUUUAAUUCCAGUCCUAUACUCUGCUGAAAUGUUGUCUUUUGCUCUUUGAUGUGCAAAUUCUUGGACGGACCCUUAUUAAUUUUGAAGUAUGGAUAUAUUGCAGUAUUUGUAUUAUUGAAAUGCCUUCUUGCCAAACAUUCAUCAUCCAUUAUGAUUAUACAGGGCGUUCAUUGAAGGAGGAAACUUCGCAGCACUGUUGACAGGGCCCACUAUUCCUCACAGAUUGGUGCUGUAACUGUAACAGCGUGUGUUUAUCAGCGCUAAUGGCUCCGUCUGCUAUCAGCAGUUACAGCAGCAAUCUGUGAAGAAUUUUGGGCUGGGUCAAUGGUGUUGCAAAGGUUCCUCCUUAACUGAGUGUAUAGAUUUAUCUUGUAGAUGAAUUUAUUGCUCGGAUUUUUUUUUUCACCAUUAUGUCAAGGAUAUCUGUGGUUCCACCCUCCUUCCUAUUAAACAGGUAACAGAGUCCUUUCCUAGAUGUAAAUGAUCACAGCGUGAAGUUGACCACUCAUGUCAAUCUAGCACCAAGAUUAAAAAUUCCCAACGUUCUAACUCCAUCCCACCUUCUCCCAUAAGCUUUAUCUUCCCAUACUUUCACUGCAAAAUGUAUACAUAUCUAACCCAUGUCAUUUUGGACUUCAGAUUUCCAUAGAAAACUUGUUAAAUAGUGACAACUUUGAUCAAAUUUUUAAUAUUCUUCAAAAAUCUUUUUCUUGUGUGG